AUGGACGCCUUCAAGCUGGAGACCGACACAAACGCUUCCGCCACCACCAUGAGCGUCCCCGUCACGAGGACGGACGGCACAACCAGGGACAGGAUCCAAAGUUUCCUGUCCCUCAACAAGAUUGAGGUCUUCAGUGACCAGUCCCAGGCCUGGGACUUUGACGACUGCGAGACCCUUGAGGAGCGCUUCGACUGCGGGCUCAUGGGUCUCGAGCAACUCCGCAGCGAGGUGGUGGAGGCGACUCGGGAGGGCAACGAGCGCGCCCUCAUGGACACCGUCGUCGGAUACAGGGAGCUCCACACCCUGAUGACGAAGCUGGUGGACGAGGCUGAGGAGGCAGCCGUCGACAUCCUCGCGCUCCAGAUGCAGGAGUCCAGGGCAAAGCUCAGGCCCAAGAAGAGGAAUGGCGUCGCCAUGGCGGACAGGUGGGAAGGCAUCGCCUGGAAGCUCGCGAGACGCCACGACGAGAUGAUGGCGCAGCUGGACGCGGCACUGCUGCUGAUGGAGAAGCAGUGCGUCUUCGCCAAGCUGUGCUGGAGCACCCUGGCGUGGGAUGCCAGACGCAUCUUCUGCGCCCAACUCGGCGGGCAGCCGCAGGGAGCGCUGUGGUCCGACGGCUUCGAGGCCGCACACUUUGAGAAGCUGCAUUCGGAAGGCAAUCAAUGGUCUAUCCGGAUGAAGUGGACGGCCUAUAAAGAAGCGACUCGGCGGCCCAAGUAUAUCCUCCUGGACGGCGGACGCGGCGGAGGCAAAGAGCAGACGCUGGUUCUGUGGGAGGCGAUGGAUCCUGCUGCGGUGGCCGAUGGCGAGGUCAAGUUCGAUGUCGAGGUUCGGCUGCGGAAUAGGCUCUUUUCAAGUCUCCGGGUUGAUGCCGCUGGGAUGUUCAGGAUGAUGAGAUUCUGA